CUGCCGUAGAGGUAGUACUUUGCAUAGCUGCCCUGCAUUUGGGUAGCAAGGAGGCAGAAGAAAGUCAGAGGAGGAAUACAUGGUGGCAGAUGCCUCAACUAUGCCUCCAAGGUUGGAUGGGUGUGGUGAAAAUGCCAUCAGUGCAGAGCCUCGCUUACGGCAUUCUUCAGUGCAGCAAUGAUAAACGCCACAAGUGCCGCCAUCUCAGGGGAGGCGGCGGCGGCAGGCGGUGCGCGAAGCGGUCGUCCGGCGUCGCUCGAGGAGGAGGGGUCGGCGGAGAGCGGCGGCGAGCGGGAGCGCUUCUCGCUCCCGCUGCUGGUGUUAGUCGCCCUGGAUAUGCGCAGGGACCCGGUCGUGCAGGGCCUGGCCACCAUGCUCCUGCUCUCCGGCAUGCUCUCGCUCGUGCUCUGCUCGGCGCUGGCCGGCCUCCAGCAUCGGCAAGCGGCGCAGCGUGAACGCCGGCACGAGAACGCCUGCAUCUACAAGGCCUGCCACGAGACCAAGCCGGGUUUCCUCAACGUGCACAUUGUAAGCCACACCCACAACGACGUUGGAUGGGUCCACACUGUGAACUUUUACUACAGAAACUACGUGCGUACGAUCUUGGACUCGGUGGUCGCGGAGCUGGAGGCGAAGCCGGACCGACGAUUUAUCUACGUCGAGAUGGCUUUCUUCACCCGCUGGUGGGAGGAGCAGACGCCAGAAAAGCAGGCCUCGGUGCGCGCCCUCAUCGAAGAAGGUCGGCUGGAGUUUGCAGGUGGUGGCUGGUGCAUGAACGACGAGGCGACCACGCACUACACAGCAACGGUGGAUGAGAUGUCGCUAGGACUGCGCUGGCUGAACGCUACGUUCGGCCAUUGCGGCCGCUCGCGCGUCGCCUGGCAGAUCGACCCCUUUGGACACGCACGCCAGGAGGCCGCGCUCUUCGCACAGAUGGGAUUCGACGGCUUGUUCCUGGGUCGCAUUCACCUCGAUGACAAAGAGUGGCGGCAGCGCACCAAGCAGAUGGAGUUCCUGUGGAGAGCAGACAAGUACAUCGGCGAGAAAGGAGACAUAUUCACGGGUGUCCUGCCAAACGUAUACUGGCCGCCAACGGGCUUCUGCUUCGACGUCUGGUGUGUGGACGAGACGUUGGACGCAUACAACGGACAAAGGAGGGCGAGAGAGUUUCUUCAUAUCGUCGCUAAACAGGCCAAGCACUACUCCACCAACCACACCGUAGUGACCAUGGGCAUGGACUUCCACUACAGGGACGCUGCUAAGUGGUUUCGCAACCUCGACAGCCUCAUCCAUCACAUCAACGCAGAGCAAGCGAACGGCAGCCGCGUGCACGCCUUCUACUCGACUCCCGCCUGCUACCUGAAGGCGCUGCACGACAGCGGCCUGCGGUGGCCCGAGUUCUCGGAUGACUUCUUCCCGUACGCCGACCAGGAUCACGCCUACUGGACCGGCUACUACACGAGCCGGCCAAACUUCAAGUACUUCGCGCGCCACGCCAACGGUGUUCUCCAGGCGUGCAAGCAGCUCAAGGUCAUCGGGCAGCUUGACGACAGCGCGGACGUCGACACUCUUGCAAAAGCUGUGGCUGUGUUGCAGCACCAUGACGCAAUAUCGGGCACUCAGAAGCAGCAUGUCGCUGAGGACUACGUAUACAUGACUGAGAUAGGAAUCAAGCAAUGUGAGGACGUAUUCAACAAGGCUUACCGGCGAAUGCUGCUAACUGGCGCUGCCGGGACCGCCUUCCAGUCGGACAUCUGCUUGACUUUUUGCCCGCUUCUCAACAUCAGCAGCUGCGAAAUCACCGAAACAGCCGACGAAUUUUUUGUCUUCGUCUACAACCCGCUAUCUACGCCCGUCCAAACGUACGCGAGGCUGCCGGUUACGGGCGGCGGCUACGAAGUGAAAGAGCUGCCGGGACAGGUCAUCGAGGCACAGCUCGUGCCGGUUCAGCGGAAGGUGCUGCGCAUCCCCGAGCGGAAGACGUCCACCGCGACAUCGGAGAUUGUCUUUCCGAUGCAGCUGCCGCCCAUGGGUGUCACCACCUACCAGCUGAGGAAAUACGAAGGUUCCACGCUUCGGGACAGUGAAAGCAGUGCUGUUUUUGACGGUGGCAGCGAAGCUCCGGCCAUAGACAAUGGCAAGUACCGGCUUUUCUUGGACCCUGUGACGGGCCUGCUGAGUCGCGUGAUGCUCCUCAACACGGGCCUGGAGGUGCCCUUCCGCCAGUCGCUGUUCGCGUACCUCGCUUAUGAAGGCGUUGUAGAGAAGCCCUCGGGCGCCUACUCCUUCAAUCCUUCGGACGAUCAGCCCAUCGAUCUGGGUCGCCGAGUCAACUACAGCCUCGUCAAGGGCCCCUUGGUGCAAGAGAUUCACCAGACGUUCAGCGACUGGGUCUCCCAAGUCAUCCGGCUGUACAAGGACGAAGACAUCAUCGAGUUUGACUGGGUCGUUGGGCCCAUCCCGUUCAGCGAGGGCCGCGAGCCCAGCCGCGGCAAGGAGAUCAUCUCACGUUACCAAACCUCGAUUUGGAACAAUGGCACUUUUUACACUGAUUCCAACGGACGUCAGACAAUAAAGAGAACGAGGAACGCUCAUCGACCGUGGACCAAAACCAUCGUGGAGCCCACUACGUACAACUAUUACCCUGUGGUCUCGUGGAUCUAUCUCAAGAAUGAAACUCAUGACCUCCAGUUGACAGUGUUUCCAGACCGACCACAAGGCGGGAGCAGCCUACAUGAAGGCGAACUCGAAUUAAUGCUUCACCGGCGGCUGCAGUAUGACGAUUCGUUCGGCGUCGAGGAGCCCUUGAACGAGAUUGGCGUGGACAAGCGGGGCCUUGUGGCCCGCGGCACGCACCGCGUUUUCUUGGGCUCCAUUGAGGACUCUGAGCGGAUGCUGCGCUCCAUGGCCAACCGGCUCGUGCUCUCGCCGCAGUUCGCCUUUCACACACGUGACCGGGAGCUGCUCGACAUCCCGGUGCCAAGGGCGAGUGGGCUGCAGUAUCCGUUACCGCCAAACCUGCACCUGCUGACAUUAGAACCCGUCGGAGGAAGCCGUGCGAUCGUCCGCCUUGAACACCUCUACCCCGGCGUCAAGGACAACAGGCUCAACAAGCCUGCUUCGGUAUCCCUUAAGAACAUGUUGGUCCCAUACACCGUGACGGCAGCCGAGGAAACCGUGCUGUCGGCACACGAGUAUCUGCGCAACACGACCAGGUUCCACUUCGAGACGAGAGACUCCGUGAGGGAGUCGCCCACCCCCGCUCUGCUGCGGCGUCUGGCGGGGCAUCGGAACGCCGGUCUGAGCACCGGCGCAUCUUCCUCCGGGAAGAAUUCGUUGCCCAUCGACGAGCGGCUUUUCACGGUGACGGUGAAUCCGGGCGAAAUCCGGACGUUCCUGGUGACGCUAGAACCCAAGAACAUAGGCUAACGAAUGAGCCCCUCUCUCCAUCUAUACUAUAGGAACGUUGGAAACCUUGCGAUUUUUUUUUUUUUGGAACGAUAUAGACGCUGCUGGUAUCAGCUUCACAUCUAUAAUAUAGCACAUCGUCGUAGCCCGCCCAGGCGGCCAUACCGGCAAGAUAGCUGCGCAUGGAGGCAACGUUGGCAGGCCAGGUCAUGGGCACAUGUUUUCUUAACUGAAGCUCGGUUCUGUCGACUAGCUGCUGAUGCAGCGGGAAUCGGUCGUUUCAACUAUAUAGAAGAGUUUAGAUAAAUUCUUUUUUGUUUUGUUCGGGAAAAGAAGUUGCGGCAUGCACUGGGAACAAAACAUGCUCACUUGUAAAUGCAUGCCUUAGUUUUUAACAUGCUCAACCUUUUUGGCUAUUAGCAACAGAUGGCCGCUGCGUAUCAUGUCAAGAAAGGAUAAAAUGACUCGACUUUCCUAUAUUCAGCGCAAUGCUUAGGCAAGCGGUAAGUGAUAUGCUUAAAAACUAAAUGCUUGCAUAGUUGCACACAACUGAACAGUUCGCUAUGCUGCCUUUUUCGACAAAAUAUCUUCCCUGCUUAUUUUCUGACAUCUGCCUCAGCUUCGUGGCAUAUUGGCUCGCUGCGCGAGCUUGCUAAACCAUAAUAUGGCAAUCGUCAUGAUUGUGAAUAUCCUGGACGAUCAAGGCGCGAUCAGAGAAUCUAUGGUGGCAGGGUGAACGAAUCCAAUUGAGUGAGCAUCUCAGAGGCACAACUGAGAAUGUUACCAGCACCACGCGCUAAUCAGCGGCAUUACCGUAACCUAUGCGGAAAUUUUCAGCGCGGAGCUGUUGGCGUAGAGGUCAUUGUUUCAUUUCUGGGCCGCGAUUUUGCAGCGAUGCCUUUUCCGGUGCUAUUACUUUACGCGCUUCGUCCGAAGGGAAAGGGACGCUGCGCCCGCGUUAUCAAUGCGAUCAGCCUUCUGUCAGCGGUGGAUAUUGAAAGUGGCAUAAAAUAGAACGGAAAGCAACGCCGCAAAAGUCGCCGGCCCAGAACACAGUUUCAACUAUUCGCACCUUGAUCGUCUCCGAUAGCGUAUAUACUGCAUGUAUCAGGCGCUCCUAGAUGUUCCUGAAUCGUUUAUUUUUUGUUAAUUUCUUGGAUGAGUUGAGCAAGUAGAAUAGUGUGACCCGUCGGCAUGUCCCGUGGCUGUUGCGCUGGAGGGAACGCAGGUUGUUCCAAGCAUAAUCACUUGAAGUGACCAAUGGCUGCUCCAAAGUCGGGAGGCGCUUUGUUUUGCUUCUGUAGCUGCAAAACGCCGCCUUACACAUCUAGUCUACUGUGAGAAGCGAGGGGUUUUCUUUAUAUAUAUAUAUAUGUAGCAGUUAUUCAAAGCCCACGAGCUGAGACGUGACGUUAACAACCGUUUCUUUUCGUUCACAUCCUCUUUAGUACGCUGGCGUAGCCUCACAAUAGGCGAACACUUCAUGCGAAGAACGAUCAUGACGUUUGAUCAAAAAAAAGGGAAAAAAAACCUACCGAGUGCUUGCAUUUCAGCUUCACUUCUGAAAGACAGUGUGCAAUUCUGCCUCGUGAAGAAAGCAUUGUCGUUGUGAACUCAACGGAGAGUAACCGCCACCUUGAUCAUCGUUGUUAUCGCUCAGUUUCGUUCUUUAGUCGACGGUAUCGACAAUGUCCCGUAGUUAUUUUCCUCUUACUUUCGUUUUCGGCUCUCUUCUCUGUUUCUCUUUGUGUGACGUAUGACUACUGUUUGGUGAGAGCUUGGUGAAAAACUUGUAAAACUAAAGUUCAGAGCCAUUUCAGACUUGUGGCUGUCGCCAUUGAACAUUGAACAUUGAAGGUGACUAAACAUGAACAUUGAAGGAAGGUGACUAAAAACGGCGCAACGUGUUUAUAAGGAUCACAUCUGAUUAUCACAGUUCUGGUUUCACUUCUAAUAAUGAAUUUCAGCUCUAAGGCAUAAGAAUCGCGUUAAGGUAAACCAUUACGCACCAAGCUAAACUUAAAUAGUUCGGGAGUCUUAUUACUAAGGAAGUCAUUUUGAAAUCUCUCUCAAGCCUAUGAAAAUUAAGAAAAAUAUCUGCCAGCUGACUGGCAGACUUUUCAAAAGCAGCAUUCAACUGGCGGGGCCUGAUUUGUUCCUAAAUAUAGACGAAUUCGAAGGUCAACGAAGGGUAGAAACAGGAAAGUUUAUCCAUCGACGGCAGCUGACCCGACGACUGUCGAGGGGAACGUCACCGUACUUCGUGGUGUGCCUGUACAGACCGACAAGAGCUUGGAUUGGCAUGCUGCGAAGCAGGGCUCAAUAUCAUUAGAGACCCGAAGUGAAUAUGUGGCCGAAACCACUUCUCCGAGUGACCAGCAAAUGCAGACGCGAGAGAGGGUUUGUUUCAAUUAGGGCUUCAAAGUUUUAGGCUGCACACGGCCACAGGGAAUAAAGAGCACGCGUUGUGAAGCCGGGAAGACGACUUUUCUCGUGUUUUUCCUGUACAUGGAUGCUGUCACCAGAACCGAUUAUUUAGGUUUCACUAAAAAAAAAACGCUUCACUUUUUGUUUUGUGCCCGAGAAACGCUCUUUCACCAAUGGGAGACAAGAUUUUUUUUAGUGUUACUUCGAGAAAUAGCAUCUCCGACGUCGUCGGUUAGUGUUCCGGAGUUAGUUAUAUAGGCAGGAUCACUUUGUUUACCACAGUCUGAGCGUGCGGGGAGACGAUGACAGACCGUUAGUACCGUGCCUGUGACUAUCGAAUUAGUAGUUCUAUUUGGCACACCUAAGCACCCACGUUGCGAUACGAUGCGCUGAGUUUUACGUUCCUGCCCUUACAACUUUAAAUAGCGCCUUCAGUCGCGCUGCAAGGUCUCGGGUCACCUCAUGAGUCGUUACGAUGGUGCUUCCUCACUCUUGGAUCAUAUAUACGCGUAUCGUGACGACUCGGAUAUGCGCCCACCGGCAGCAGCAUGAUCUUUAUUGCGACGUAUUUUGAGGCCAUUCGUAUGUAUCGUGACACAACUGCAUCAAGCGCGCGCUUUACUGGCACCAUGUACUGCACAGACAAGUCCAUUGCCUUGUAAUAAGCCGGGCUGCGUUCCUUUUGGCAUUAAGUGAAUAUGCAGAUUUAAUGAAACUCUUCCAACAGCUCAUGGCGCCUAUGCGCUUUGAAAUUAAUGGCUCAGCUUCCCCACGAAGUGAUCGGCAGAUGCAGCGUUGCAAGCCAUGCAUAAAAUAGAUUCACGCGCCCUCAGGUAGUUCAUCCCAGGGUUGGUUAAUUCACGGUUGUUGGGGCAUUUGUGUGGGGAAAUGUAAUGUAGCGAAACAUUACGUUCUUCAGCAACUGCACUAGUACGUGUAAAAUCUACAGAAUGUUGCGGAUAACGGUGUAGUUUAAGUAGGAUAACGUUCGCCGUGUAUUGCUUGGGGUGGGUACUGAGAAGUUUUCGGUAGCACUUGCGCUCUGCACGAUCGAAUAAAGCUGCGCAGGCGUUGUUGCGCUUAUCGAUAGUCUGGCAGCCGCACCGCUCUUUCGAAAUAUCCGUGAUACGAAUCUCGCAUAACCCGGUAAGAGUCUGCUUUCCUACUUCCGUCUUCACAUCGUGGCGUCAACAAAAUUUUAUGUGCAAACACUCGUGCCGCUCUGGCGACGACGACCGCACGCGGUGUGUAUAUAUGCAUGCCUGCGCAGCCAACCGACAGCUUCUGCCAUUUUGUGUUUUGUUUCGAGGCGCGCAGGCUGAAACCUGUCUGUGUGUGCAGUUAUACGCCUCUGUGGGCGCACGCUUGAUAUGUUGUUACACCGUUCCCGCCUUGCCACUGUGUGGCACUGAAGCUGUGAUUUUCGUUAUUGCCUCCGGCGUUUUACUCCCCCCUCCCCCCCCCCUCCACCUUUCUUUUUGUUUCUUUGGAGCUCUGGAGCUCGUGAAGUGUUGCGUUUACAGCUAUGCUUCACCUCGUGUUUUGUUAUUUUACCAGGCUGCGCGGCUAUUCCACGUCAAGCGAUGGCACCUUCACCUUGCUGAAUAUGUAGAAGAAGAAAGAAUGUCGGCUGCAGCUACAUUAGUGAACUAGGAAUGAGGCGCUAUCUGCGUGUGAUCUUGAUUAGAAAAUCUGCUAGUUUUUCUUUCGGCGAUGCUGCUAUUUGUCAUAAGAGCUCAGGAAAGCAAUGACGCUUCGGUUCUUCGAGAUUUCUUCGAGCACGAUAUGUUGUUUUCGUUUCACAAAAUCGGUCCCGUCUGCAAGUCGUCUCUCGAUGUAUGAGUCAGGCCUUAGUACGUGCGCUUUCUCUUGAACCACGAAGUUUACGCGACGGAACUAGAGGCUUUUUUCCUCACCCACGUACCACUGGCAGAAUUCUGCACACACGCAUCAGGCGCUUGUAUUCGCGCUUGAGGCGACACGCAAGGAAAAACUCGCUGAUGGUGAAGUUUGUCAUCGCUGAGACAGUGGUUGAUGACUGCCUGCACUUCUGUCAAGAUGCUGCAGGUGGCGGAGCCUUGCUCGAUGUGAAGCACAUUGCUUCGUAAGAAUAAAAAUUAUAAAAUAUAUGGUUGAUGGGAAGAGGGGGAGAAAUCUAUAGCUGUACGAUAAAGAUAUAUAUCGACACACCUAUGUAUGCAUAGAAUUAACGAGAUAAUAUAUUCUCUGUUUAACUUCUCAUUAUCUAUUACCUGUAAAUAAGCGCGUAAGUUUAACUAAGCACCCUUUCCGCGGGUCCAUGUACUAACAGCCCACGCACUAAUUAUUACGCAAGCACGUCGGGAAUUUUGCUGUUGUAUACAAAGUAAUCUAGCGUGAUGUAAAGUGCGUGCAAAAUGAAAAAAAAAAAGAGAGGAAAGAGUGGAGUGAAAAUCUUGGUUUCGAUCGUAUUUUUUCUGGCUCUUUCUCCGACACUGCGUGUACAGGGGAAUGUGCGUGUUAUCUCAGAGUGUGUGCAAACAAUCAUCGAUGUUUGUCUUUUUGAGCGCAACAUUCUCUUGCGCGGAUGACAUCAGUAUGACUGUUCUUUGUGCUACUUGUGUGUAUGCUAUCGCGGACUAUAAAAAAAACCUGUAUUAUGUAGUCCCAUGCCGAAACGGGAAAAUCACUUGCUCCUGUACGCGGGUCUGCCGCGAAAUAUUGCUGUUCGAAGUGUUUAGUGUAUUCACCAUCUUCGGGACAAGCUGCUGUUCCGGCGCGCGACAUUCAAGCCUCAAAGAAUGGUCUUGAAACGCGGGAAGCAGCGCCCAGUAGGCGACACAAAAGGAGAAGAAGCGGACAAGACAGGCUCUCCUUUCGUGUCGUGUAGUGUGCGCUCUUUCCCGCGUUCUAAGAUGAUUAGUCACGAAAUGCGCCCGGCCGUCGACCUAGCUGUACCUCAAGAAAUGAAGUAAUGAGUGCGACUCUAGCAACAGGCCACUACGUGUACGCAAAGGCGAGUGGUGUCAGCUGAUCGACCUUGUUCUCGCUUAACUCGUGCUUUUGGCUAGAACGUACCGUCAUGCCACCGUUACUUCCUUCCAGUGCCAAGCGCACACUGCGCGUCUUUACCGCGCAGCUCACUGGCAGCAGCUUACGACAGUGACGGUAUAGCGACAAAGGCGUGAGAGUAUGCUAAAGCACGAUAAUAUAUCCCGACAGCGCGUGCCAUUUCUCGAGGCCCAUCUAUUUAGCGCUUUUCUUUUUUAUUGCUUUGCGCAUUCGCGGCCCGUUAGAUCACGGCAACGUACAUGUGUGCGUGACAAUAUUUUAGUGUCCCCUUGUACACUGGCUUGCAAAAACAGGCAUGACGUUAUUCUUGUUCAAGGUUCUCUCGACGAAAUUCUGCUUCAUUUCACAUUUUCUGCAAUAUGAGUGUAUAAUAGAAGUAGGGCUGUGUCAGGUCUCUUCUUAUACUUCGAGCAUCGACAAAAUUUAUUAUUAUUAUUAUGUUUUGAUCGUGGGCAAACGUGUCUAUGAGUACAUAUACAUAAAACAAGCUUUUUCUUUCUUUCUGAAACCUGGCACUGCUACUAUGUGUCAAAAAGGAUCAAGUGCGGACCGUCUCACGUUACUCGAAUAAGCCUGAUCUGAACAAUGCUGGGGUUCUCGCGUGAAAUAAAGAAAGAAACCCGGAACUAUUCUGGCGCGAACAGUGAAACAAACUUUCAUGAACACUUGACCGGAUGCAUUGUCUAUUUGACGUCGCUUUAACAGUCGCUUAAUCUGCAGCAGCAACUUAAGAACCAGCACGGACUCAUUGAUAAUUAGAUCGUUUUGGCGCACUCAGCUUUACACGUGCAUCACUAGUACUGUUGUCAGGUAUGUUGCGUCCAAGAAAGUCGUCGCGCAGUGGGCUCCAUGGUGCAGACUUAUGUUGGGCGUGGAAGCGAUAUUCUCUGUCCCCGAGUUAGAUGUGAGCACUCGCACUCGCCUUUCUUUCGUGCCAAAAUAACCUAUAUCUGUUUUUGAUAAUCGCAAAAAGUAAUAGAGCAUUCUUAACACGUGCCAGAUGCUUCUUCAUUACCGUGAUUAUCAGACGUACCGCGAAGUAUCGCGUCCGGGUCUGCGAGGCCCUACGGUAUGACAAGCCGAAGGCGUCCUUCGGCAGGUAGAGGUCGCCCUCUGCGAAGAGUGGGGUCUACAGGACCGUCGCGCGGCCUGCGACUCUCUCUUGGCUUUCGUCAGGGAGUCGGCGCUAACUGCAAUGGUUGUAGACACCACUCCUGGCAGCGAGCUCUCUCAUCAACGAUAACACCACACCGUCCCCUUAUUCCCACGAAACGGCAGCAGCCAAGAGCGCGAUCCUUUUUUAGCAUCAUUACCGUGAUUUUCUUUAAUUAUUACUUUAUUGUUGUUAUUAUUACUCAGUGUGACAUCAGUGACAUUGAACAGCGGCGUGUGUGAAAGUCGUGACAAGUCGACCGUUAUCAGCAGCAGGUUGGACUUCUGGAAUAGCAGAUAGGCAACUUUUAUUCAAAUAUGGAAAGUUGGUGCGCCAGGAGAAGGCGAAAUCGAAAGACGAAUGGUGACGCCACCUUGAAUGUUUCCGGAGCGCCUCCCCAUGACGUCGCAUAUAUUGACAACUCUUAGCCGUGGCUGGGACAUUCCUUAUGACAAAAAAUAUAUAUAUAUACAGUGCGUUCGAAAAUAAUCGAAAAUUAAACAUCAUAACUCUGUCUUUUUUUACACUUUUCGUGCCACACAAAGCGAAACAUCGUGCGAAGAGUCAUCCGCACCGCGCCCUGUUAUUUCUCAUUUCCCACUGCUAUCUGUGAGCCGUAGUGCGCAGCGUUUGUUCUUACGUCCCGUGCACGUCAUGUGCGUAUUCUUAUGGCCGUAUGAUCUCUCUAAAAAUGAUCGCAUUUUCACAAUAUUGUGCCGUAGCAUCUAAACUGGAGGCACCGCAGCGUGUUCAUGAUGUCCUCGUUAUUUUUGGUAAGAUUGCAAGCUUGUACCGACUGAAGCAAGUGUUGCACGCAAGUUCGUUAACAAGGACAACAUCGGUGUUCAAUUAUGCGCGUUUAGUAAGUAUUCCUGUAAUAAAAACACAGCGGUCGCUUUUGGGUGCCUCGCGGCGUUUGCGCCGGCAGUCUGUAACGACAUGCCGCUGUCAAACAAAUAAAAUGGUUCACUGCCCGCGAACCGACGUCACGUUGCCAAAAAGAAAGUGGUGUCAUAAAAUUUAUUGUUGCCUGUUCAUGGGUUUGCCGUUUAGAUUCUCAACCAAUGACAGAGAUAGAGACUGAUAAAAGAGAUGAGAAAGGCAGGGAGGUUAACUGGAAGAUAGAUACCAAGUUUGCUACCCUGCACUGUGGAAGGGUUAAGGGGAGACAGAAAGAUAUCUUUAAAAAUGCACACACAUGAAAAGAGUGGAAGAGGGUAAAGAAAAUAUUAAAAAUGCACAGAGAGAUUACACUUGCGCAGUAUGGUAAGGAAAGAAACGCGAUCAAUAAUGUGACGUUUGUAGCCCUGCUGGACACGAACACAACAAUAUAAUUAAACUUCAUGGCGAUGCAGAGUAUGUAACUGGCAAACAUGGCAGCAUUGUUUCGUUGUAGCCUUCAUUUUUUUUUAUGCCAUGACUAUUUAUUUUGUAUACCCUGACUGACCUGUAGUCGGAAGAUAAAAAAAAAACACAACCUGCACAUUAGAACACUAGAUAUACAAUGCAUCCGUCGCAAGUUAAUUGAAGUGGUGGGCGUGUAAAAAAGUUCCAAAAAGUUAUGCGGGGCUCCAGGAUCAUGUUCGCGUGGCUGUUGUUCGUCACUUGAAGCGUCCUGCAUCCACGUAGAACCGGUUCAGGAGUACCGCGCUGCAUCAUAAUUUUGGGCUGCUGGGAGCAGUAACGUUGUCAGAGAUGUGAAUACGUGUAUGUGAUUCUGCUUAUGUCUAGUGUGACCCUGUCAAUGACGUUAAUGCUUGCACGUACAAGCGUCAUUUCUUGCAGCUGGUACUUCUUGGGUACUUGUAGAUGUUUUACUGCUGCCUUUAGUACUGGUGCACUUUUUGGCUGCAACUCCUAUCGGAGGAUGUUAAGAAUGUAUUCUGCACACUGUUCUGUCCGACCUGCCAUGCGUGCAGCGAGCAGUGACAAACGUCUCAGAGUUCAAUCUUAUGCGUGCUUGCAAUGACAAAAGCACCAGUGAGUGAUGAUUUCAUUGCAACUUCGCAUGUAUGUUCGCUUCCUUACAAACAUUUAAUAUGGCACUGGGGGCGAAAGCCGGUACACGCACAGAGCUUAGUUUGACCAACGUGACAUGACCGCGUUUCUGAUGUGUGUGCGUGUGUGUGUGUGUGUGUGACCUUGGCCACAUCACCUAGUAUUCUCCAUAACACCAUAACGCUGAAGCCCUUGUCGUACUUGCGCUGCGGCUCAAGUGUAAGCGCAGUGCGCUUCAGGUCCUUCAGCGCCAAAUAUAUGGUGAUUCCACAUGUACAUUUAUAUAUAUAUAUAUAUAUAUAUAUAUAUAUAUAUAUAUAUAUAUAUGUAUCUAUAUUUCCUGUUGCUUCUUCGGCUACUGUUUAUUGCGGCGAGUGUUUAGCAGUUGCUAGCGUAAAUGACGUAUGUUAACUUAUCACUCCCUCCAGUGAGUGUUCGGCACUGUGUAGUUUAUAUAGCGUCUUGUGACGCUAAAGCAGUAAACACAAAAAAUAUGUAUCUCUGUUUGUGAAAUGUUUGUAUAUUUCUAAACGCCAAAUGUUUGGGCAGCUCCAUACAGUGUCAAGGCGCCAGUAGACAUGCGCAGUCAAUUCAACUGGCACAUGGCACUUUUCUGUUGCGACCUUCUCGGUUUAACCAGUUCGGAGUUCGUCUAGACGCGCCCCUUGGUUACUCCUUCAGACCUAGGUUCCAGAAUGGCACCUGUCGCCGAAAAUUUGAAGCCCAAGACAUGUUGGCUACAGGUUGGCUCGUUAAAAACAAGCUUCCCUGACACUUGCAGAACAAAAGCGGCGUUGUCAUUAGGCGAACGUUUGAGAGCACCAACGGCCUUUUGAUUGUUUGUGACGAACCACGUAUACUCAUAAAAUAGCAGCUGCUGUGACUGGAAGUCUACACGGUAAUCAGAUCAUGUAGGAACAUUUCGCUACGUAAACGCCACUUGUUUUCUUGUUUUUCUUUUGUGUUUUGUGCGUGUGUGUACUUUAGUUGUGUCGUGGCCAGUCAAUGGGCCGUUUUCCUUGCUUUUUCCUUUCCACGCGCGCACCUCUUGCACGCGGCUAACUUUACAUUGUUAGUCGCUAAAACUAGUCAGAAAAGUCGAGAGGUCAAGGCUUAUGGCUUUUACGGUAACGAUUAGAAGGUGCAACUGGCGGAAAGUAGAGGUGACGCAGCAAAGCACCGAAAGACGAAAACUGUUUGCAGGUGUUACGAGAGUCUUGGAAUGUGAGCAAGGCACGCAGAGAAACGCUAUUAAACUAUUAACUGCUCGGAAAUUGGGAAAAUCGGCUGUGGGUAGUUCUCCGGAAAUUCCUCGGCGAUAACGGUUGCUGACAUAACGGGAUAAUAUUAAUGUCACAUUCAAAACCCAUGUCACGUUCACGACAUGUCACGUUCACGACAUGUCACGUUCAAAACCCUUCUGUGUCUUCUCUGUAGGGUCAGGGAAGCGUUCAUCCGCUGUUAUUUACAUCGCAGCCUAAAAAAGAAAAAGAUAAAUUGAUUAUGCGCACGAGAGUAUACAUUCAAAAUCACAUCUUUUUUGCUUGUCUUGCUGGCCGUAAUAAUUGUAAAGUGGAAUUUUUAAAAACGACACAGCCAUUGAUUCUAUAGCAUUCGGUUUGAUAUCUUCAAUCAAGUAUAGUACGGUGUAUGAAAAGCCAAUAGUUCUUGACAGCGAAAUGGUGUCAACGUUUUCUCGUAGAGAACCUCGCAUGUUUGACCGAACGACCUCGCCUUUGAUAUAGGAAAGAAGUUAGGAAGCUAUGGAGGGGCAAACGAAGGUGUCCCGUCGGCUUGCUUUCUUGCGCGACUGCGAAUUAAUGGACGAGAUGGUAGCGUGCGUUAUGUUCUGGACAGCGGCGAUAAGGUGGGACACACUAGGUGCCACGCUAACACCGCCUGCAGCGACGACACAACCAGCAUUACAAUACUAACCAGGAACGUGGAGGAGAGCGGGGGUGGUAGGGUAUACUUGCCCUCAGUUAUUAGUGGUAGGCAGAGAACCAACCAAACAUGGUCAAUGUAUUUUGCGUGAGAAAUAUCCUUAGUGGCAUUCAGGAAAGUGGUGGACCGUAUAUUGCCGGCUCUCGGAAGGUACACUGUUGUCAGGCAAGAGGAAAUUCGAUGAACGGAUUCUAUUAGCGCGACGAACAAAAUGCGUGAAUUGUAUUUAUCAAACCCGCAACAUUUCCGAAAACGCAUGAGGGGUGUCAGUUGCCAAUAUGCUGAAGGCUGUUUGUUUGCAUCAGGUCUUCUGGAAGGCCCCCACCGCGUCUUAUGCGGAGGCAAUGCACAGAAUUCUUUUAGUGCCUCGCGAUAAGUGGCAUAACGGCAUUCUUUUUCAAUAACAUGGAAACCAAGAUUAAUUUGAUGUCGCAAAAACUAUUGGUUUUUGUACUCGAUGGGAGCUUCUCAUGGUGGCUCUGCGAGAUUGAUACAUGUCAGGAGAGUUUAGCGCACAUCUUAUAUUCAACUUUAAUGGACAAUGAAGCUAGCUCAACUCUAGCAUACUGCAUCAGUAGGAACUUCGGUAGCGUUUUCUUGGGUCGUCUUUGUAGCGGUUCAUUUCAUUUUUCAUUCUUUUAAAUAUUUUCGCACUUCAUUUUCGCGGACGCCGGUGUGGAUCCGUUAUUGCCGCGUUCGGCCACUUGCCGCGACGGAUGAUAAGAAAGAAAAAAAAAAGAAGAAUGAAAAUUUAAAUUUUCGUUACGAAGUCCGGGCCUCGGAUUAAAAAAUAUUUUUUUUUUAAGUGUGCCCUUCUGACACAGAAUCGUCAAAGUGCCAUAGCUCUGUAAAAACAAAACGUGGAACUCGAAGUAGGUGUGCCGAGUACAUGUUAGAUUGUUAUCUGGUCGUUAACCGCAAUGGAUCGAGGUAUACGAGUGUUUACUGAAUCUUUACGUGGUCGUUACGAUAAAGGUACCCAAAGCCGUGUCAACGGCAUGCUGCGUAGCAGUGGUGGUGCCCAUCACAGCAUGAUGUACUCGCUACGUGCAAAAACUGCCCAGGAGCUGUGUUACGGUACUGAUGUUCUAAUGGUGCGUAUUGAUUAGCAUAUUGCAUUUAUAGUUUUGUCUGUUGUCUGGAAAUCAGCGCAAUGAAGCAAGCUUUAAUGUAGAGAUGGAGGCUUCACCUUGCAGCUCGCAUCAGUGCCAGUUCUAUUGAAUCGGGCGCACUGUUUUUUUUUUCGUCAUAAUUUAUUAAUAUUAAAAGCAACAUCAGAACCACGUCAAUAAGUCGGUGCAAUAAUGCGCCUUCACGCACGUGCUGUGAGCAUUGUGCCGGUUUCCAGAACUUUGUGCACUUGCAUCAGUUUUUGCUGCUGGUGAAUGUCUAUUCACACUGGGGAACAAGUGGGCCAAUACUAUCCGUAGCCGCUUGAGUAACGUGUUGUCUGCGGUCGUGUUACAUUGAAGGACCAACAAAUGCCCAGGAAACAUGUCCCCAACAAGCGGCGACGACAUGUUGACCAAGAGUUGGGCAACGCCGAGUCACGUAAAGCUCGACAUUUUCGACAAGGCGCUCGGGGGCUUUCGGUAGUUCUCUCCCGCUAUAUUGUCUCGCGAACAUCACGAUAAACGCACGACAAGUGGAAUAGAAAAAGAAAAUUAACAAGAAUUGCACUUGCGUCGUUAUGAUACGUGCUACGAAGAGCGUUCGACAAAUAAUAAAAAGAAAUCCUACUCGAGCGUUAUAGCGUGGUGCUGCACAGUGUGCGAGGGAAAACACGUGCCACCAAGAAAAAAAGGACGAAGCAAUGGUGUCGCUUGUUUUCGUUGUCGAAGCUGUCACACUGGCCAGUAUUGCUGCAGUGGCCAAUGCUGUUUUGCAGACUGAGAGGAUGCUUGGCGACAUAGACGGAGACCGUCACGUUGGCCAACUCUUGGAGAAACAUGUAAACAUGUCGACCGAAAGUUUGGAAACGUGUUCCGCAAUGUGAACAGACCCUUUGCGAGGGCCAACGCCUGGGACCUUUUUGUAUAUCACUGUAAACAAUGUCCACGUAAGAUGUAGCAUUGAAUGGUUCUGUGUUUAUCUGACAGCUGUAUGCCGUUGUUCACAGCAAUGAGAAUGAAGUUUCUGUGUUGCGAAUAUCGAUGUUAGCCCGAAAUCGUGCAUUGUGUGUGGUUUGAAAAAGACAAAAAAAAGGCACAAAUUUAGAGACAGUAAAUAUCAUGAAAUAAACUAUUGUUUGUUACCCG